GACCCGAAUAGUGACCCCAACGUGGGCUCGUCUCGAGGUGACGCUUCGUCGACUUCGGGUGAUGCCCUCGGCGAGGCCACUGGUGGUGGUGGCUCGUCGGGCUCGGCGCUGAUGAUGACCGUGCUUCCGGCCUUGGUGUAUGCGCUGUUCUGGUUUGGUCUCUUUCUGAUCUGUCGACGCACUCAGCGCCGGUGGUACGCCCCACGAUCCCACUUGCCCGACCUGCACGAGCAUGAACGGAGCCCGGAGCUGCCAUCGGGUUGGGUUAACUGGUUCGGGACCUUUUUCAAGAUCGAAGACAACCACGUGUUGCACCACUCCUCGUUGGACGGUUAUCUUUUUCUACGGUUCUUGCGCGUGCUGUGUGCGACAUGUUUCACCGGCUGUCUGAUUACAUGGCCCAUCCUGCUGCCCAUCCAUGCGACGGGCGGCAACAACAAUGAUCAGCUGGAUAUCUUGAGUUUCAGCAACGUCAAAGACAAAGAUAAAUAUUACGCCAAUGUAUUAGUGGCCUGCGUUUAUUUCACGUUCGUCUUCUACGUUGUGACCCGCGAGAGUCUGUAUUAUGCGAACUUGCGCCAGGCCUACCUCAACUCGCCGGCCUAUGCAUCUCGGAUUUCAUCGCGCACAGUGCUUUUUAUGUCAGUUCCGGUGGAGUACAAGAACGAAAAGAAGCUGCGACAGGUGUUUGGCGAUGCGAUCCGUCGCAUCUGGAUUACAUCCGACUGCUCGGAGCUGUCGAAGAAGGUGAACGAGCGCGACCGUCUCGCUUUUAACUUGGAAACAGCCGAGACCAAUCUCAUCCGACGAGCCAAUAAGGUCCGCAUGCAGGCUCGCAAGAAAGGGGAGAUGUCGUCGGACACCUGUUUGGACUGCGAGUCGAGCAAUCCCACCUGGUCGCAUAAGGUCAAGCGGCCUACGCACCGACACAAUUUCUUCGGGGAAAAAGUUGAUUCUAUCCACUGGUAUCGGACGGAACUAGCCCGCAUCACUGAGGAGGUGGAAUCUCUGCAGCGCAAGCAUCAGGAAGGCGAUGCCAAACUACUCUCGGCGCUCUUCAUCGAAUUCAACACCCAGGCCGAUGCACAAAUUGCCCUGCAGACCUUGUCACAUCAUCAACCCUUCCAUAUGACGCCUCGCUUUAUCGGGGUUUCUCCCCGCGAGGUGGUUUGGUCUGCACUGAACCUCAGCUGGUACCAGCGCAUUAUUCACAAAUUUGCGGUGCAGGGGUUUCUCGGGGCGUUGGUGAUUUUUUGGUCGUUCCCGGCUGCUAUCGUCGGAGCUAUUUCCAACAUCACCUACAUCUGCAAGCUUAUUCCCUUUCUCAAGUUUAUUCUGAAGUUACCCGACUUUAUCAAAGGCGCUAUCGAAGGCUUGUUGCCUUCCGCUGCUCUGGUGGCCUUGAUGGCUCUAGUACCGAUCAUUUGUCGCAUUUGCGCCAGAAAAUCUGGGUAUCCAUCAUUGGCCCGUGUCGAACUGUUCACCCAAAGUGCGCAUUUUGUCUUCCAAGUGGUGCAGGUGUUCUUGGUGACUACCUUGACGUCGGCUGCGUCGGCUGCAACGACACAGAUCAUUCAAGACCCCCUGUCGGCCAAAGACUUGUUGGCACAGAACCUACCCAAGGCCACUAAUUUCUACAUCUCAUUCUUCCUGUUGCAGGGGUUGAGUAUGAGCUCGAUGGCUCUCGUCCAAGUUGCCAGUGCGCUUGUAUUCAAAUUCGUCACCACUUUUUUCGCGUAUUCUCCACGCCGUCUCUUUCGACGAUGGGCGGAGCUCGGUAGUCUCAGUUGGGGAAAUGUUUUCCCAGUGUUUACUAACAUGGGUGUGAUCGCGUUAACGUACUCGUGCAUUGCGCCGCUGAUCCUGGGUUUUGCGGGCUUUGGGUUGUACCUCGUGUACCAGGCUUAUCGAUACAACUUCCUCUUCGUAUAUGAUAUCGAGAUUGACACCAAAGGCCUGGUGUACCCACGGGCACUGCAGCACCUGUUGACAGGAAUUUAUCUGGCGGAGGUAUGCAUGAUCGGACUCUGCGCCAUCAGGGGCGCCAUCGGCCCAGUGGUCAUUAUGGUGCUGUUUGCCAUUGGCACGAUACUGGCGCAUAUUUCUCUCAACGAAGCUCUGGAGCCACUCAACAGUUUCUUACCGCGAUCCCUUGAUGCUGAAGAGGAAAUGUUGCAGGCCAAAGAGGAUGCCAUGGCGGAAAUCAACGAGAAGCGGCGGAGCCCUCGCGUGGUUGCGUUCUGGAAAUGGUUCCAUCCCAACGUCUACAAAGACUAUGCCUCGCUACGUCGCAAAGUGCGCCGCAACGUUUCCGAGGUCUCAUAUACCCCAGAGGAGACGCGCACGGCCUACUUUGAGCCGUGUGUGGCAUCCCCACCACCCACGCUGUGGAUCCCGCGCGACCAGUGGGGGUUUAGUCGCCAUGAAAUUCUCGAGACAGAUCCCACUAUUCGGAUCACGGAUGAGGGCGCGCACCUGGAUGAAAAGAACAAGAUUAUCUGGGACAAAUACAAUCCGGACCUUCCGUUACGGGAGAGGAAGACUCUCUAUUGA